AUGGCCACGUUCACACCGCUGGGAGAGCGCAUCGUCAUCAAGCCAAUGGAGCAGGAAGCCCAGACGAAGGGCGGUAUCCUGUUGCCUGACACCGCCAAAGAGAAGCCGCAGGAAGGCGAGGUCAUCGCCGUGGGCUCCGGUCGCGUCGCUGACGACGGUUCCCGCAUCGCCAUGGAACUGUCGAUUGGCGACAAGGUCAUCUAUUCCAAGUAUGCCGGUACCGAGUAUGAGGAUGACGACGAAGAUUACCUGAUCAUGCGCGAGUCCGACGUGCUCGCCAAGAUCGGCUAA